UGAGGGAGUGUUACUGACUGAGAUCUCUGUUGGAGAAACUGCACCUGAGUUGAGGAGUUGGAGGGUUGAUAUGAAUCUAGAGUCGCUGAAAGCUGAUACAUUGGUACUUUUCUUCAGCGGAUAG